CCCCCGCUGCCGCGCAUCACCUGAAACCCGUGCGGUGUCGGGUUCGCGCAGCCGGCGCCAGCCCCGGGGCGGAGAGGGGGACACCGGCUGGCAUCACUCGGGCCGGGGGGGGGGGACACCUCCGCACCCCAUCUCUUGCCUCAGCUCUCCCGUGCGCGGUGCUCGGCCCCGCGCGCAGCCCCGAGGGGGGGGCUUAACCCACGGCAGGAGGGGGGUGUGACACGGGGCUCCCCCCGCGCCCAGAGCCGGCCCCGGCCACCUGAGUGACAGCUCCCACGGCCGGCACGCCGCCGGGACAGCCAAUCCCCGCGGGCACCGACGGGAGGGAGGCGGUGCUGCUGUCCCCCCCCCCCGCGUCCUCUCCUUCCCCCCCGCGCCGAGCGGUGUCUCUUUCGCAGGUGGCACCAUGGGGACAGGCUGUGCCACCGGGACCCCUCCUGCCGCUCCCCAGCCGGCCCCAGCGCUGCGCUGCUGAGGAUCGCGCCCCGACCUGGGCAUGUGCCGCGGGACGGUGCCACGGUCUCCCCCCGCUGGCGGGCAGCCCCGGCUCCGUGAGCACCUGGCGAGCCGCGGUCACACCGCUCGGCUGCCACCAUGGCCCAGGGCUGGGAGGACGCGGAGAUGACGGUGGCCGGGCGGUCGCGGAGCUCCAGCAGCGAGGUCAGCCUGGCGCCCCGCUGCCUGCUCAGCAAGCAGAGCCGCCUCCUCAACGGGGUCACCCGCAGUGCCCGCGCCACGUCCCCCAUGGGGCGCGUCAUCCUCAUCAACUCCCCCAUCGAAGCCAGCAGCAAUGAGAGCGAUGUCAUCAAUGCCAUCACGGUGGAGAAGAGCACGGAUGGCAAGCUGGGCUUUAGUGUCCGUGGUGGCUCCGAGCAUGGGCUGGGCAUCUUUGUGAGCAAAGUGGAGGAGGGCAGCGCUGCCGAGCAGGCUGGGCUGUGCGUGGGGGACAAGAUCACAGAGGUGAACAGUGUGAGCCUGGAGAACAUCACCAUGAGCAGUGCCGUCAAGGUCCUCACUGGCAACAACCGCCUCCGCAUGGUGGUCCGGCGGAUGGGCCGUGUGCCGGGCAUCAAGUUCUCCAAGGAAAAGACAGCCUGGGUGGAUGUGGUGAACAGGCGCCUGGUGGUGGAGAAGAGUGGCUCAACACCAUCAGAAAGUGGUUCUGAGGAUGGUCUGCGGCGCAUCGUCCACCUCUACACCACCUCUGACGAUUACUGCCUGGGCUUCAAUAUCCGCGGAGGUCGGGAGUUCGGCCUCGGCAUCUAUGUCUCCAAGGUGGACCCUGGGGGGCUGGCGGAGCAGAAUGGCAUUCGGGUGGGCGACCAAGUCCUUGCAGCCAACGGAGUCAAGUUUGAAGACAUAAGCCAUAGCAAGGCAGUGGAGGUGCUCAAGGGGCAGACCCACAUCAUGCUUACCAUCAAGGAGACCGGCCGCUUCCCUGCCUACAAGGAGCUGGUGGCCGAGUACUGCUGGCUCAGCCGCUUGACCAACGGGCAGCUGCAGCAGCUCUCUCAGACCUCGGAGACCAGCUCCUCCAUCUCCUCCUACUCCUCGGGGCCACCGCCGGGGACGGUGAAUGGGUUAGGGACGGUGACACCUGGGCCACCCACCCGCACUGUGGAUGUGGCCAUCUCCACAGAGGAUGGGCCACGGCGGGGCUGGGCGCGGGAUCGUGCUGAACGGGCCAUGCAGACAGAACCAGCCACCGAGGGGCUGCAGGAGACGCGGCGCACGGUGCGGCCCCCAGAGCUGCUGCGGGACACGGCCAUCCGAGGCCAGGGUGCCCGUGAGCCCCCCGGCACCCACCCACGCCGCACGUUCUCCCACUCCCCCAAAACGGCACUGCUGUUGGCGCUGAGCCGGCCCCGGCAGCCCAUCACACGUUCCCAGAGCGACCUCACAGUGGCUGAGGAGAAGCGGAAGAAGAAGCCGGAGGGACAGGGGCCACGGGGGGCUCCCCCUGGGCUGCACCGCUCCAAGACCCUCGUCAACCUCUUCUUCAAGGGCAGCCGUACCAGCAGCCAGAGCUGGGCCCCCCCUAGCCCCGAGCCCCCCAGCUCUGAGCGCUGGGCACGCACCAAGUCCCCAGGGCGCCCUGAAGGGGACAGAGGUACCGGGAUGGGGCCAGGGGCCAGGCACAGAGCCCCUCUGAUGGGACACGGGGUUGUGGGGAGGGAGUCCCCAUGUGCACAAUUUCACCACCGCCCCAAUUGCUCACCCAUCUCCAUCUCCCUUGCAGUAGGUGCUGUGCAGAAGUUUGUCAUCCGGAGCCUGAAGCGGGAGAAAAGCCGCCGUGGCCCCAUCCCAGCCCCAUUCUGCGGCCCAACCACCCCACAGCCCGAUGGUGGUGACCCCGAGGCACGGCUUACGCUUAUCCAGGACACAGCAGCACGGCUGCUCAGCCCCGACGAGGUGACGGCUGUGCUCCGCCACUGCACCCGGUACCUGCAUGAGGGCAGUGUGGAGGACCUGGUGCGGCCGCUGCUUGCUAUCCUGGACCGGCCCGAGAAGGUGCUGCUGCUGCGGGAUGUCAGGAGUGUGGUGGCCCCCACAGACCUGGGACGCUUCGACAGCAUGGUGAUGCCGCUGGAGCUGGAGGCUUUUGAUGCCCUCAAGAGCCGCUCAGUGCGCUCACCUGCCCUGCGCCCGGCCCACCACGAUGUCCCCCCCAAGCGACACCUCAUCACGCCUGUGCCUGAUUACCGUGGUGGAUUCCUGCUGAAGCCAGCGGGGGCCCCUGAACCAGAGGAAGCCGAGGGACUGCCGCAGAGCCCAGCCCGGCCACGGGCCUCCCCAAGCCCCCGCCGGCUGCACCCCCGCACCUACACCCCACUCCCCGACGUGCCAGUGGAUGCCUACACCUAUGCCAGCGGCCCCCCACCCGCCCCUAGCCCCAGGCCCCCCAACUGGCUGCUGGCCGAGCCCCCACACAGCCCCCAGGCCCAGGAUGGGUGCUGCUCGGUGCCGGUGAAGCCCCGGAGGGGACGGGCUCCUCUCACAUCAGGAGGGGAGAGGGGGGCUGUGCUGGUCGCCAAUGGCCCCAGGGAGGAAGAGGAGGAGGAGGAGCGGCUGCUGACUGUCACCUUGUCCAAGCUGAAGCAUUCACUGGGAAUCAGCAUCUCUGGUGGCAUUGAGUCGCGAGCACAGCCGAUGGUGAAGAUUGAGAAGAUCUUCCCUGGGGGUGCCGCCUUCCUCAGCGGUGUCCUCAAGGCAGGGCAUGAGCUGGUGUCAGUGGACGGGGAGAGCCUGCAGAAUGUCACGCAUCAGCGCGCCGUGGACAUCAUUCGCCAGGCCUACCGCAACAAAGCCAAGGAGCCCAUGGAGCUGGUGGUGCGGGUGCCCGCUGCUCCCCCGGAGUGACACCGCACCUCCCCAGGAGCCAUCCCGCACCCCCAUGGAGCUGGCUCACUCUGCACCGAGCUGCAGCCGGUCUCAGCCAGCAGGGACAAAGGGACCCGUGGGCACCGAGGGGCUGCCCAAAGAGGUACUGAGGUGGGGACACGUUGAGGAUAAGGGAGGGGGGCCGGCAGCCCCGACCCUGCUGCAGAUACAUGGACGCUGCCCUGAAAAACACAGCCAGGGGCUUGUCUUUAAUCAGUGUUUCCGGGUGGUACGAGGGCAAGCCGGACUCUGGAAGUGGGACACAACAGAAAUAAAAGUACAAAAAUACAACCCCCCCCCGGCAGCCAGGGGCGAGCAAGCCAGA